CUCCGCGAGCGGAACAACUUUCCCUCGAGCGAGCUGUCGUAUCUGCUGCUUUUUUAAUCAUUUCGCGUAUGUCAGCUGGCUUUGGGGAACCGUCAGCCCCAGAGAGGACAUUGAGACGCAAGACACCUGGUCUCCUUUAGGGUUUCAAUCCUGUUUUAGCAAAAGGGAGCAGCGAGAACACUCCCACGGUAGUGACAGACCGCGGGAAAUGUCGGUACUUCCUGUGCAAUGAAGUCUUGGCGCGACAUUACAGUGGUAAACAACGGGAGGAAACAUAACAAUACGCCAACGAGAACUCCUAUAGGAUCUGAGCCACAGCGAUAUGGACGAAAUCGACACCAACGAUACCCCUCGUCUCUUUUCACCUGAAGACAAUGAGGAUUCUGUGGAUAUCUAUGACGGCCUGGAUAGCCCUUUCACCAGCAAUGGAGAGCGAUCAUCCCCAAAGGCGUCACAGCUGAAGGAAUCAAUGGACCUCUAUGAAGAAAUUGUCACAGAAGAACAGCAGAGCAGAGAGACGUCAUACGUUGAGUUGAAGUCCAGAUUCCAGGCAGCUCAAAACCAAAUAAUUGAGUUGCGCAGGAGAGUGGAGCAGAUGCAGCUGCAGAACACAGGGUUGAACAGCGAGAAUAUUCUUCUCAAAAGAAACAUUUCUGCACUUUUACAAACCGCAAGACAGGAGGUGGCACGAAAAGAUGCUGAGAUUCAGAGGUUGAACCAACAGUCUGUCAAACGCUACCAUCACCACCAAUCCUCCAGUCAACACUCCACGUUUAGGCCGCCUCCUCCGCUCCUCUCCCGUCUUUCUCCACCCUCCUGUCCUCCACCAUCCUCCUUUCCUCUGCCACCGCUGCCUCCUCCAGCUCCAUCCGCUCCUCUGCCACCGCCGCCACCGCCUCCUCCUGCUCCAUCCUGUCCUCUUCCACCUCUACCAUCUUCACCUCCCAAGGACGCUCAUCCUCCAAGCAAUCCUCUUCAAUCGCCAAGAAAAAAAGGAGAUUCGCCCGGCGCCUCCAGCAGGAAAUCCAGUAGCAGUUCAUCGACCCGACACAGUGAAUCAGACAGACGCAAGUCUAAGCACAGAGAGGAAAAAUGUCAAAAACCAUCUGAGUCGACGGACAGGAGAUAUAGGAGUGGUUCAGAUCCCACCAAGGACAAGUACAGGUCUCACAAAGACACAGGACGACAUCAUGACUCCAGGUUGUCUAAAAGCAGGAACCGAUCGGAGCAUUCUAAAAGCCCUCCACCAGAGAGUGCAGUUCUCUCUGAUGACAAGAAAGGGAAGAGAAGUCGAGAACACAGGACAGACUCUGAACAUAGUGCAGCUCGCGGCUCUGAAGAGGGCCACAGCCGACUGCAUAGGAAAAUCAAGCUCAGUGACGGACAUGUUAGAAGUUCAGACUGGAAGGACCGGAGAAAGUCCUCUUCAAAUCAGUUCUCCAAAGAGAGGGGAGGGGACAAACUGCCAAAGGAUUACGUAAGGAAGGACCGGCAGCCUGAAGAUAAAGAAAGCAGAAAGUACAAGAGGAGCACAAGCAGGGAACGCGAGAAAACGAGAUCGAAAGAAUCCAACCUGGUAAAAGUGGACGACGGAAGGAAGGAGAGACGAGAAAAGACACACACUGCCGUAAAAGGAUCUGCCGAAGAACCAAAAAACCUCCCAGAGAAAAGCCUUUUGGUGGAAAAUAGUCCAAACAGGAAGUUGUGGUUCAUGGAAACGUUGAACCUAACCCUAUCGCCAAUUAAGAAGCCCGGGCUGACCUGUGACGGCACACCAGCGGAACAGGUCGUCGCAGAGCGGCCAGACGAUGAGGGCUCACAGCCCGACAUCGAAGACAUGUGUGUCACUGAUGAAGUGAACAGCAGUGAAUUAGAAGCAGGGUUGGACAAUUUGCCACAACAUUCUGCCCGUAUUCCAGAAGCGUCCAAUAAGAGCGACGAUGUGAACGCUUUCCAGAAGAACGACAAAAGCCAGAGUGACGCUCUCGCUGCCUACCAGCAACUCGAUGGCAAUCCAGCCCAAACUACCUCAGCUCCAAGCCAAAACCCAGAUGCGCAGCUCACACCGACGCCACUGCAGGUUAGUUCUCUGAAAGCAACGGGUACCUCAAGAAUCCACGAGAACCGGCUGGCCUCAGACAGCCGGCUGGAUGACGGCAGACCUCUGGAAGCUGGACGCAAGGAUGCAUCUGUAAGCCGCUAUGAAGAACAGGCGGGCAACUCUUCGCUAAAGUCAAAUCCUGCAGAUGCCGCUGCUCAGACUGUUACAGUUCCUGCUGUGCUGGAUCCAAGUGUAGAACUGAUGUGCAGCACUCCUGAAACCGCAGGACGGAAAAGUGUGGCUUCUCCCGAAGAAGGGUCGUUGAGGGAAAAUCCCCCCGCUGAAGAUGUUGUUGAAGAGGCUGACCGUGCAAGUAAGCGAGUGUCCCCCCCCACUCUACCUCAGGACUGCCCUCUCGCUUCAGUUUCCCUUCACAAGAGGGACGCCUGCCGCGUGCAGGAUGGUCCCAAAGAAGCCGAUGCUGUAUCCAGCACGAUCAGCCUCGACACCCUUCCACAAGAAGGGCUGAGUCUGCCAGAGGCCAUUUACGUUCUGACGCAGACAAACGAGGACAGCAGCAGCAGCAGCAGCGACGGCGGCGGCGGCGGCAGCAGCAGCAUCGGCGCGGGCUGCAUCGGCGUGUCCAAAGUCAGCAGCACGACGGGGGAGACGGCGCCGGAGAGGCACGGCGGCCUCCCUUUUACGCCCAAAAAGAGCUUCGCCCCGCAAAAGGGUCACGAGAGCAAGGUGGAGCCUUCCAGCUCCGUGCCGCUAUUUCACGACGAGGACUCCAUGAUGAACACGCUGAGCAAUCUGAAGAGAAUCCCCGACGCCAUCAGCCCUCUGAGGAGCCCGAUACGGAUCACCAAGAGGAGUCAUCUCCAUCUUCUCGGCAAGCCGGGUCACGUCAAGAGCCUUCAAAAAGAUUUCUCCCUCGCUCCUGUCGAUGCCAACUCGAAGAAGUUGGACGUAAACAAAGAAAACAAGUAUCCAGGCUCUCCUGCAAACCACGACGCUCAGAGCCCGCUGGAGAGUCUCUCUGAAGGCGAACUGGAGGACGGAGAAAUUCUGAGCGAGAACGACGAGGCGGUCGCCGCCGUUCCCGCGACCAAGAGGGCCAAGUUAGCGCAACCCGCCCCGAACCAACCGAGUCCUGCCACUUUGUCAAGAAGGAAAUCGGAAGGGAAGUGUGCAACACAGAGCCCAAAGAGACGCUUCAAGACGGUUUGUCCCGCUGCAAGCAAAGCCUCUUUUUCCAGCACCGAGGAAGUCAUGGAGACGUUCAAGGCCGUUCGCGCCGAGAUCCGAAAGAAGUACAUGAAGCUCCACAAGACGUUUCCCAGAAAGAGCUUCUACGGCGUCAUGGAGAACUUCCAGGAGUCUUUUUUAGAGUUCGUCGACGGCGCUCAAUUCGGUCAAAUCUGCGACCAGGCGGCGGAGCUGAAGUCCGACCUGAAGAAGCUGAUCGCGUCCGUGUUCGGCAAAGUGUCAAACAACGGCAUCGUGAAGCGCAUCUUUGAGCAGCAAGCGGUCGACCUGAAGCAGCGGCUGUGGGACUUUGUGGACGUCCAGGUCGACUACUUGUUCAUGGACAUUCACGCCGCCCUGAAGGUCGCCUGCAAACCGGUCGGGGCCAAGGCCGAGGGCAGCGGGCCGAGCGCCAAAGAGAGGGAGCAGAGGAAGCCUCCGGCAAAAAGGCCGCAGUGCCAGCAGACGGAGGGGCGCUCGCCGCCGAGCAGCGCGCCUCGGACCAGGCCGGGCGCCGCCGUGCCGUACAAAACGGGCCUCGGGAGCAGAGGGAAGGACAUCCGGAUCACGCACGGGGAAAAAGACAGAAAUACCGAGCUCCACCGCACAAAUAACCCAAAUACACAAACUGUGGCCGUCUUCCUCCCGACAAGAAACGCCCCCUCCACUCCAGACAAGAAGAGUAAUGUGUCGUCGCUGGUUGUCUCUCAAAGCGGCGCUUCGCUCGACAAAACCGACUUUGAGCUUCUCACGGAGCAGCAGGCCUCCAGCCUGACGUUCAACCUGGUGCGGGACACUCAAAUGGGAGAAAUCUUCAAGUGCCUCCUGCAGGGAUCCGACCUGCUGGAAACCGGCGGCGUGGCCGGAGACGCCGCGUCCUGGCCCCUUGGUACGCCGAGAAAGGACUGCGAGAGGCUCAUCGGCAUCGCCACGCCCACGAAAUUCGACUCCCCGUCCAAACUGCUGUCCCCGAUCAAGUUCGACACGCCCUCCAAGCUCAUCGCCACGUGGUCCAGCAUCUCCCCCCGCAGGGCGUCCCCGCGGCCCAGAGGUCGGCUUCACCUGAAUCCGGCCGUAUUCGACGAAAACUGCCUCCUGGAGGUGCCGUCGGGGAGCCGGGUGGCGGCGCAGGCCGGCUCGGCCGGUCAGCUGACGUACUCCAUUCUGGCCGAGGACCUGGCGGUGUCCCUCACCAUCCCGUCGCCGCUCAAGUCCGACAGCCACCUGAGCUUCCUGCAGCCGUCGACCAUGCACCUCAUGUCCACCCCGGACAGCGUCAUCAGCGCUCACAUCAGCGAGGACGCCCUGCUGGACGAGGAGGACGCGUCGGAGCAGGACAUCCACCUGGCCCUCGACACGGACAACUCCAGCUGCUGCUCCAACAGCGGCAGCGGCGAGGCGCUCGCCACUCCGUUUGUGUUCAAGCCCGACCUGCCCAUGCAGGCGCUGGUGAUGGAGAGGUCCAACGACCACUUUGUUGUGAAGAUCUGCCCGGCGGCCGCCGCCGGGGACACCACGCUCACCGCCGAGGACAGCUUGAGUCGGACACUGACGGAGGAAGCCGAGGCGGAGGCGGAAGGCGGUCGAGCCAAAGCGGUUCCGUGGGACGGCACUCAGGCAACUGCUGCUCUGUCCGAUAACGGUCCGGCUGCCGUCGAUGGAAGCUCGACUGUAAUACAUGAUUCUUCACCUCAACAGAACACUUCUACAGACGUUGGUCUUUCCGGGGAUUCACAGGAAACGAACAAGCCGCCCAAAACCGCUUCAGACAACAAUUUGUGCAACAGCGUUCUCGUCACAGUCUCUGGCGAGAAGAACGCGAGUCACAAUGACAAAGCGCUGAGUCAAGAAAGUCCAUCCAAAGCUGGCUCCUCAGGGCGUCGUGACGAGACCAGCUCCCCCAAAACGGCAACCGAUACCGGCCGACCCGCUGAAAGCGCCUCCGGCUCGCAGCCUGAGUCCUGUGCGGCAGCGGCACCGCUCUGGGAGAAAGAAGGAAAGGACAGAGGCAGGAAGCGGCGGAAGCGCCAAGAGAACUCCAAAGCUAAGCGGUCAAGGAGGAGGGAGGAGGAGGAGGAUGAGGAGGAGGAGAGCGCCGGGGAGGUCACAGGGGAGGUCGCCUCCAACUGCAGGAGAGACGAAGGCGAAUCCAAGUCCUCCCCGGCACCUCUGUCCCCCAACAGCCUCCAUGCCAAGAACGUCAUCAGGAAGAAGGGCGAGGUGGUGAUGGCGUGGACCAGAGAUGAAGACCGAGCCAUUCUCAUGGGCCUGAGGACUAAAGGUGCCUCACGGGAGACUUUCUCUGGCUUGUCAGAGAAACUCAAUAAGCCGUCGGAGCAGAUCGCCCACAGAUUCAACCAGCUCAUGAAGCUUUUCAAGAAGCAAGAGAAGAUGGACCCAUAAGUCCUUGUUUCAAAGAGUUCCCACGUGCACACACUCUGCACGUUGUGUUGCUGUUCCGCUGGAAGAAAGGAGCUUGGCUCUAAGUCUUAAUCUCUGAGCAGAAGCAAUGUGUUCUGGACAGCAACCUGGACCGGAUGGAAAAGAAUCCAAUUCCACAAGAAGAAUUGUUGCCCAGCACAAUGAUAGAUGUUAUCGGUCAUCAGUAUUACUUUUUUUUUUCUUUUUUUAUCCACACCACUUUCACCACAAACGGUUCAGAUCUGAAGUCACUUUGUCCUCCCUGAGUGUCUGAGGGCUGCGGAAGCCUCAAUAAGUCGUACACUCGUGUUCUUCUCAAGAAGAACGGCCUUCAGACGCGGUACUUCCAGGUUCAAGAACGCCCGGAUCUUCUUUGCGUCACACCGCUGGUAGAGCUGAGGUGUCGGACUGAUAGAUGGAUGGGAGGAUGGACAAUACUCUGCCUUGGAUCUUAUAUUACUGGAUGUAUUGGUAUACUGGCUGCAGGGGAAGUGCCCGAAAUAUGCCCGGAGGUUGUUAAAAUGUUUAUGUGUCAAAUUCAUGUACAGGACAUUACAUUUAUCUGUUAAUUCAAAUGAAACGUUUUAGUGGCUUUUUGUUUGAUUCACCCGAUUGCUUGUGAACAGAAUGGAAUGCUAUAUUGUGUGUGGGGUUCUUUACUGAAAAUAAAGUUUUAUUUAUUCAUGC